UAGGGCUGUUGUAUGGAAUGCUGACACAGUCAGCAAAAAAAAUCCCGGGAGAGAGUUGUUUCUGUCGGAGUAGUCAAUGUACUUGUUCUUGGUGGUUUCUUUAGAGAAAGUCCUUGUGUGGAAGAAUAACUGGGUGAUAUAUUACCAUUUCCAUUAGCCCUGGCCAAAGAAGAGUUAUAACGAAUGCAUUUAGAAUGUUUUUUGUUGUUGUGACUUUUGCAUAACCCUUCCCAGAAUACUAAAAUAAAGGGAAAGAUAUAGAUACACCCCCUUCUAGUUUUGCUAUAAUGCAUUUGUACACCAAUUUUUUUGUUCUGGAUUUCAAGAAAAGUUUCUGCAGAGUUAUUUCUUUGCUCUCGAAACAAAACAAUUUAUGUCUGGCCUGCCCUACCUACUUGCCAAUUUCUUACACACUUAUUGUGAUUGUUCCCACUCGAUUAAGUAUGGUUUUCGUCAAGGUUCUCUGUAGGCAUGCUUGUUCAGCGACGUUAGCAUCCAUUCUGCAGCAAGUGUGGCUUUAUUUUUUUGUAAACACAGCCAAAUCAUUUUUGUUAUGUGGUUUAAUUUUCAUUUUUUUUGUUCAUCCAAUUUUCACCUGGUAGCUUAAGGCUGUAUGGUGUCGAUAUACAAAUGUAGAAUGCCCAUGUUUGUCCCUUUUGUGAAUGUUUUAUUGCACACUCUACUGCCAAAAGCUCUAGCUUGUUGAUGUAAUACUCUGAUUUUUCCUUGUAAGUAAAUAGACACGUUUUCCAUCUUCACCUAAAGUGCUUUAGAAAAGAAUAAACUUGUUUAUUAGAAAAUAAAUGUUGUGUGCUAUUAUCUCUAAGAAUUCCAUCUUUUGAGUGGGUUUCAGGAAUAACUUCUACUUAUUUAUUGGAAAUCCCACAUUUCUAAACAGAACAAUUUUUAUACACCUCGAAUUCAAUGCUUUCUCUUUUGUCCUGCCUAUCACCAACAGACCGUCAAAAUUUUUUAUAAUUUUUAAUAGUUUUAGACGUAAACUAGCAGGAGGGACUUUCGCAAACUUUGUUUAAAUCCUCAACCCACCACUGCAAAUGUGGACAAUCUUUCACGUCAUUUAUCUUUAACUGUGAAAAGAAUUUAUGCAAUCAUGCAAGAAAUGAAAGAGAGAAUCGAGAUAUUACAAGGUCAAGCAGUUGUCAGGGAACAUAUUUAUUAUACAGAUAUGCAAGAAAUGAAAAAGGUGAUUGAGGAAUUAGAAAGUGAAGUGGUUGUCAGGGAAAUUAUUAAUCAAUCAGAUAAUCAAGAAAUGAAAGAGAAUAUCGACAUAUUACACAGUCACGCAGUCGAACGGGAAUAUUCAGAAAUAAAUUUUUACCAGAAAAAAGUUGUUAAGUUGGUAAAAGUAAAAGCUGAGCGUCUAUCACACAUUCUUCUCGAAAGUCUUUUUCGACGUUCCCUAACCGAAUAUGAAAAAAACUUCGGAUAUUUUGUAGGGGGGCUGCCUUGGUUAAAAUUAAUAUUGAAAAACGUAUGCGAGGGAAAAGAUGAUACAUCCAAAGCCCAAUACAGAGCAGUUCUUAACGAAUAUUUGAAGAUGUUAGAAAAAACUCUCUCGGAGCAGAAGAAAGAAGUUUACCUUUCUGAUAAUGUUUGGGAAAUAAUUAAAAACAAUAUUAAAAAGGAGUUACCAAAACAUUUGGCAAUCAAAGGCGAGGAAUUCAUUAAUACAUCGUUAUCAUUGAAAAACCGCUUACACAGAUUUGUUGUGCGGUUAAAGCCAAAUACCAUGUAUCAAAUUGAAGGAAGCCGAUUUUAUAAACUUUAUAACACUAGAUACGCUUUGGCCAGACUAUUUAGCUUAACUUCGAAGGGUUGCAGUGUGUUUGAAGAUAAUUUUCUUGAUUGUUCAAUAACAUUCUAUGACUACUUUUGUCUCACUUUGAAAACAAGAAAAAACUUUCGCUGUGUCAUUUAUACAGCUACAAAUUCCGAUAAACUGAUAGAAGAACAUGAAAUUCCGAUUGACGGUACCCAAUUAUGUAUUGGAAAAAACUAUUAUUUUUCAUCAUAUAGGUAUUACAUUAUUGUAAGGUUCAUGUAACAGAACCAUUUAACAACAAGAAGAUAACACGUAUGUGAGUAACAACACACAACCGACUUAACACAACUUUCUUCAGCGUGAAAAAAAAUUUUCAAUUCAAUUUUUUUUUAAGGAUUUUUUUAUGUUAAUAGUUGUAUUUUGUAAACCGCAAACG